AUUUAUGUCUUUCGCCAUCAUCAUCAGUCUCCUCUAAGCUGUGCCGUGAGUGAGCCUUCAUCGCGGCUGUUUCCCGCCAUCACCCCACCACACCUCAGCACAACACAUCAACGGCAGCUCAUAUCACACAAACACAGGCGGCAGGCGAGACAGACAGACAGACAAGGCACAUUACACCACGCCAAGGCAGCAGCAGCAACAGCAGCGGUCAGUCACCCUUCAUCCAUCCCUUCCUCCCUGCCUCAGAGAGUCAGUCAGUGGUGCGCCUUGUGGUAAGGCACUUUCCCUCCCAGCCCACAGCCCCCAGCCGCAUACAUGGCAUACACAGGCGCGCCCUCGUCCAUCAGCCCCACCUUCCGAUCCCCCCGCCCGACUCCACCCCGACCGCCAUUGCAGCGCGCACCGCCCCGAAGAUGGGGAGGCCGGGUGGGGGGUGGGGGCGGCUGCGGGAAGCCAAGGUUGGGCUGGAUGGUGGGAGUGGGCAGCAGCGGCGACAGCUCCCCUUUCUGCUCGAACGACAGCUUCUCGGCCUUGGGAGCCUCGCCAAGGAUGCCCUCCUCUGGCCGCAGCACCAUGUCUCGCUGCGGGUGCCGCAACGCCACGGCCGCCACCACGGCCAUGCCCGUGCACACCGCUGCCGUGCCUCCGGCCCGAGUGGUGGUGGUGGGUGUGACGACAGUCAUCCCGCUGCCGGCCGUGCGGAUGUCGUCCUGCCCAUGGCCAUUGGUGAGGAAGUUCAUGGCAGCGGUGGGUGGGCUCAGUGGCCCCGUGACGCCAUACAGGGGUGGGGAAGUGGCCUGCACGUCGAACGAGGGGUCGGACUGGGGGUGGGGCAGCGACGGACCCGCCGGCUGGGCGGCGGCCUCCUCUGGGGGCGCCUGCCAUGCCGCCCGGAUGAGCUGUUGCACGUCAGGCAGGAGCGACUCCUUCCGCUCCGCCCGCCCGCCAGCAAUCGGCGAGGGGACGUCAUCGGUCGGGGCGUCGGUCAGCAGUGUGUUGGGCGGGGCCAUGACGCCGCUGCUGUCUGCCGCCUGCUGCGGGGCGAGGUCUCCGUUGCUGCUGCACUUGGGGAUGGCGCCGCCGCCCUGGGCUGUCUUGUAGAAGCAGGGGCUGCUGCUGCUGCGGAUGGCGUUGCUGCUGUGUGGGUCGGCGGCGGCGGCGGCUUUGUACAGCGAUGCCAGCGAGCCGCUGUGGCUGUGGCUGUAGCAGAAACUACCCGUCUCGCUCGGACUGCCGUUGGACCACGUGCUCACCGUCGCAGCACUCGACCCACACAGCUGCUGCUGCUGCUGCGAUGAGGAGCAUGACCCCGCCGGCGGAUUGUCGGGUGCAGACGCCUCGUCAGCAGCGUCACCCGUUCCCCCCUCCCCACCCCUUCCCCCCGCCAGCGCCAGCAGCGCGUCGAUCGGGGGCUGAUACGGCGCCUGACGGACAGAGGGAGACGCCGUGUCCGUGGCCAGCAGGGCGCCCCCAGCAGCAGACGACGGCUCUCCAGUCGAUCCGGUCCCCACGAUUUUGUUGGCGGCCGCCUCGGAGGAUGGAACGUCUGCUGCGACGGGUGGUGGUGCUGUGGGGGCGAGCGACAGGGGCGAGGCCGGGGCUACAGACACCGGCUCCAGGAGCAUGUCGGCCGCACUGGAGACCUCCUGAAGGGUAAGGGAGGUCUUGAGCGACUCUCUUUCGAUGCCCUCAGGUGUGCUCGUCGUGCCGUCCCCCUCCCCCUCCUUCCUGGCCACUGUACUGGGGCAGUGCAGCCCCAGCAGCAGCGGCACGUCCAGCGGCAAGGCGUUCUCGAUGUGCGCCUUCAUGGGCGACUUCUGGAAACGCCGCACGAUCGACUCGCCCCCGUCGAUGCACGGCGCGGGCGGUGUCGACGGCAGCGACGCGUUGAGCCGCUCUGACCCCUCGUCGUCCUCCUCGUCUUCGACACUCUCGUCGUCCUUGAGGAGGUUGUCGACCAGCUGCUUGGAUGUGUCAUCGAGAUCCUUUAAAACGGGAUCCAGCGGGUCGAGGUCGGACUUCUUCCGACGCUGGGAGCGGGCCGUGGACUGCGACGCCACCCGACGAGACGCCGACAGACGCUCGCCGGGCGGGUCGGUCGGGGGGGCCGGCACGGGGACGGGAGGGGGGUGGGGAUCCGAUGCACGGCUGCGGGCCAGGGUCGCCAUCCAUGAUGGGCCAGACUCGUCCAACCUGUCGUCAACAUGCCACAUCACAUCACAUCACCAAUCCCUUUGCAUGCCAACUAAUUGCAAUCAAUCGUGCUUGUGUCACUGUCUCACUUACCCAAUCGGCUGGUCGCUGCUAGCCGAGAGGGGUCUCUGAGGGGCACCCCCAGCAGCAGCAGGCGGCGUCACCAAAAGGCCGGGCUCCUUCCCCUGAGCGCUAUACGGACUCUUCGGGGUCGGCAGCAGGCCAGGCGACCCUCCAGCGCCCACAUACGCAGCACUAUCGGCAGCAAACGAGUGGAAUGGCGACGACUGAGACGGCGGUGGUGUGGGCAGCAAGGGCGCCUGGCCAUUUGCCUGGGCCACGGCGAGCGGUGCGUGCAGCGGGCCGUUGAGAGGGCUCUGUAGGGGGGGCGUGAGCGCAGGUGGAGGGGGCUGGUUGCCGGCCGUCAGGAAGGGGACCGUGGGGCGGUGUUUGGAUGGUGGUGCCGAUGGAGCGGGCAGCAGUGCCAUGGGUGAGACGCAUGUGGCAGGGGGAGGGGGGGCGGUGGAGGCAUUGCUGACGCUCUUCUCGAGUGCGAGUGUCUGGUGCAGCGGGCGAGAGGGGGAGGAGGGGAGGGAGGGGGCGCCGCCGGUGGGCUGCACUGUGCCCAUGGCCGCUGCCAGUGACGGGAUGCCAGGCACCAUGCCGCCAGCUGCAGUGGCCAGGUCCGCGGCCGCGGGGGUCUCCUUGUCGGACACCCCUGUCUUGUGCUGUUUGUCCUUGUCUGACAGCUCCUUCUUUUGCGCGAGGGCCUUCUUCUCCAGCUCAGUGCGGCGGUAGGACCGCUGUCUCAGCUCAGACAGACCGUGGGCGUGACGGCAGUUGGGACCGGCCGGGCAGUGCCCUUGCUUCCAAUACUUGCACAGGUCGGUCUGCAAACCACACGCAACACGCACACAUACACCAUGGGUGGGUGACCCAAACAAACAAGUGUGCAGGUGUGACGGACGGUUCUCACCUUGAAGUAGUCGGGAGUGGCUCGCAGCUCGUGCUCACCUGCAUGCAUCAUCCGGGCGGACACAAACAAGUAUCAGACGUCUCUGUCUGUGCUGCGUGAGCUCCUCCCCUCCCCUCCCGACCCGACCCGACCCGGCCCACCGUGGGCGAAUGUGCAGUUGGCAUUUCUGCAGAAUCCCUUGAGGAACCGCUCGCACAUCUUGGUCUUCUGCAGAUUCACCGCCGGGUUGAGCUCCGCCUCUGAUAGACAGACAGAUCGAUGGAUGAACAGACAGACAGACAGACGGCCGCACACACAGCACAGGGGUGGAGCAUGGCAUGACGGACGCUUAGCUUAGUGAGUUUUGGGUCAGUGCAGUGGCUGGGCUGACCUCCGUGUGCAUAGCAGCACUGGGCACCGCGCUUGCAUCGACCCUUCUGGAAUGGGAUACACAACUUGGUCUGCACACAGACAGACAAACACACAAACAAACACACAAACAAACAAACACUCACACACACAAGCAAGCAAACAAAGAGCAGUGAGUGAUGCGACGAGUGAUGACUGACUGACUGACUGAGUGAGUGAGUGAGUGAGUGAGUGACAGAGUGACAUUGACGUCAGUACCUUCCAGAACUGAUCGAUCUGUUUGGCCUGGUGCGCGUCCUGCUGCUGCUGUUGCUGCUGGCUGUGUUGGGCAGGGGGAGUGCCAUUCUGCCCGCUGCCCGCUGCGGCCGUUGCUGCUGCUGCUGCUGCUGCUGCUGCUGUUUGUGCAGCAUUAUGCGCUGCGAUGGCUGCCAUGUGUUGUCUGCCGGCCAUGGGUCCCGCACACGCCCCAUUGGACGUACCCAUGUGCGGGCUGCCGCCAUUCGAGCUGCCCGCAUGAUACACUGAAUGACUCGAACUCGCCGGCGAUGAAUCAAACAAACCUGUUUGUUUCACACACACAAAGAGGGAGAAAGAGAGAGAGGCAACAAAUGACAUGAGGAUUUCAUUCCUUGUGUGUUUGUGUGUCAGUGAAGAGACGGGUGCGGGUGUGAGGAUUUGACCUGGCAGCCUGGGUAUGAUGUGCAGGUCCUGCAGGCGGUUGCUGUUCUCGGUCAGCAGGGCCGUCAU